UUUUUUUUUUUAUUUAUUACACAGUACACCAAGCAGUAUACACAAUAGUGCGGUUUUGUGAAUUAGUGUUAUCAUUUUCUUCAAAAUAAUGAUUUAUUUGUAAUCAACAUGCCUAGCCAAAAAAAGAAGGCCAAGAAAAUUAAAACUGAAGCUCAAGCACCAGCUGUACCUGUUCCAAUCAAAUCGGAACCGUUGGAUAUUAAGCCGCUGAGUGCAUACGUUGACGAGCGAGUCGAGCUUAUUCGACAGGCAUUCUCAUGCCUCAAACCGAAAGAAGUAAAGGCACUGGGUCCUGAGUUUAUGCAAGGCAAAUCAAUCGAGUUUAUCCAGGAACAGUGCUUGGACGAGGUACUCGGGAUAUCCACAAAACGGUUGUUGUCAAUUAUCAACAGCACCAAAUGCCCGACAGAUACGGAAUCAUCAUCGGAUGAAGAUGCUCAUCAAUCAGCCGAGCACAUAUCGCUUGACGAAAUUUCAUCGGAUUCGGAAGUGGAAGUGACUCAACCGACGAAAAAUGUAAAUUUGAAGGAUAAAAAGGCAAGGAAAACCAGGGAGAAAGAUUCCAAACCGAAUGAAAACUCCAACAAGAAUGGCGACAAAAAAAAUGAAAAAGAGAUGACCGUUUUGGAAAUACUCGAGCUACAGGCGCGUGCACGAGCGAUUCGUUCACAAUUGGCAUUGGAACCGGUAACUAAAAUAGAGCUUGAUUCUGACCAGGACAACGGCUCAGAAACAGAAGGCGGACGUCCUAGAACUUCGAAAUUGAUUAAUGAAAAGACUAAUUCUAAUACCGAUGCCAGCACAUCCAAGUCGAACUGUUCGCAACCAACACAAGAUCAACCCAAACGUGUGCGUUUGAAGAGAAAUUUCCGCAUUCGCCAGGUUGGUGAUGAAGAUUUAGUCGAAGAAAAGGAACCGCAAACUCCAGAUAAUAGCGAAAAGCCUGGACAGAAAUCUAUUGAAAAAGAAUCAGAAGAUAAGAAAGCUAGAGAAAGAAGUCCCAACAAGCUGAAGGAUGAUGUUAAAGAUUGCACUAGUAGGGAUAGCUCUCCUGAGGUCAUCCCAGUUAUUCCAAGUCCGGAAACGCUUUGUAUUUCUUCUGAUUCCGAAGAGGAAAAAUUACGAAAGAAAAAGUCUUCUAUCUUUGUUGAUAACAUUGAAGAAUUGUACAAGAAAAUCGAAGCCAUUGUGCCAGGAAAGGUACCAACAAAUAUAGUUGAAACAGCUGUGAGUGAAGACCCAGAGGAGGGUGAAAUUUCCGAUGAACAAUUAUCUCCUCAAAGAAUAAGAAAAAACUCUUUAAAAAGUAAUCAGUCCCAAAUGCCGAAUGAUAAAGAAAGAGGCACUGAAAAUGAAGGAAACACGACCGUCCGUUUAGAACAUGAGGAGGAACUUGAUUAUGAAAUUAAAGAGGUAUCCGACUCGGAAGCAGAAUCGAGCACCCAAUGUAAUAACUUGAAUAAAGCGGAUGCUAGAGAUCAGAAGAAAGGCAAUGAUGAUGCUGAAUUGAUUCCUUCUACCAAUGAAACAAGCGAAGAAAGUGAAAGUGACGCAGCUAGUGUUAGUAGUGACAGUAAUGAGAAUAAUAAAAAUGAUUUAUCUGAUGAAGAUGAUAUUGAUCCAGAUGUAGUGGAGAUACACGACUCCAGUGACGAAACACUGUUGGAGCAAAGACUCGCUGAAGAUGAACCGGAAAAGUCAUGGAACUCGCGCUGGUUAGAAAGCAACAGAGUUGCUAAGGUAAUGGCUGCAUCUCGCCUGGGCAAUAAGGUUCGGGACAAACUGAAGAAAAAGAAGAAAAAACAACAAACAGAAAAUCAACAGUCAGAAAAGCCUCCAUCACCAAUCCCGGCAGUACAACCAGCUCCGGUAUCAAAAGCGGUGGUUGGUUCAGUCGAACAUUAUAAUGAACUUGUUAAUGCUAAAAAUUUAGUUGAUGAUAAGGCACCCGAUGAGGGUAAACGCAAUGACGUAGAAAGUGCGACCUAGACUAUGAUACAGGACAUAAUAUCAAUUAUGACACCAAA